AUGUAUCUUUUUGGUUUUAUACCAAUUCAUAGUAUUGAACUUUUGAUGACAGGAAUUUACUAUGAAAAAUAUUCACCUAUCGACCUUAAGCUUAUGGAAAAUAGAAAAUUAUCAUUUGAAACUUCUACUAUUGUUGGUAGAAGUAUGAAUUUAUUUGUUGGAUUAUUUUCUAAAUUUGGUAAAAUUUUGAGUUAUAUUUUAGUUGCAAUACAAGUAUUAAAUUUUGUACAAGAAUCUGCUGAUGGAGUAACUAGUAAAAUUUUUAAUAUUUUUAGUGAAAAUUCAUUAGGAGAAAGGAAAAGUGAUAUUCAAUUUCCUGUUAAGAAAUUAAAUGAAGCUGAAGCUUUGAAUUUGUCAGAGAAUCAAUGUCCAUUGUGUUUGAAAAAAAGAGAAAAUGACACAGUACUUUCAUGUUCCGGAUACAUAUUUUGUUUCAAAUGUAUUUAUCAAUUUAUUUCAAAAUAUGGAAGAUGUCCUGUAACUUCUAUACCAGCAACAACAAAAGAGUUAGUUAAGAUGUAUGUGUAA